AUGGCUUCGAUCGCUAUGCCGGUGCUGAGCGCGGCCGUCUCGGCGCGCGUCUCCGUUCGUGCGAAGGUUUCCACCCGCGGCCUCCGCGCCGUCGGGGUGAAGCCGCUUCCCGUCCGGCCGGCCGCGGUGCGCGUCUCCGCGUCCGCCGCGGCCGAGUCGCAGACCGACGACCUUCAGCUCGGCCAGACCGCCGCGCUCACGCUCGCGGGCGCCCUCGCGCUCGGCACCGAACAGGCAAGUGCCGCCAGUGAAUCUCUGUCCCAAGUCGCGGGCUUCGACAGCCGGGCUCUCAUUUUCCUUGGGAUCCUUGGUCCUGCGAUUGGCUGGGUUCUGUACAACAUCUUGACACCGGGACUGAACCAGUUUAACUCCAUGCAGGAGAAAAACGCGAGGGGUAAGAAGGGUAUCCCUCUCGGUCUCGGCUUGUCCGCCGCCGCGCUCGCGGGUAUGCCGGAGCAGGCCGACGCCGCGACGGAGCUGAUGCAGACCGCUGGUCUCGACGCGCGCAUCCUCAUCUUCGGUGCGUUCGUGCCCGUGCUCGGCUGGGUCGCGUACAACAUCCUCAAGCCUGGUCUCAACCAGAUCGAGGACAUGCAGAAGAAGAACGCGAAGAAGCGUGGUGUCGCUGCGGGUGUCACCGGCCUUUCCGCCGCUGCCCUCCUCGGCAUGCCGGAGCAGGCCGACGCCGCGACGGAGCUGAUGCAGACCGCUGGUCUCGACGCGCGCAUCCUCAUCUUCGGUGCGUUCGUGCCCGUGCUCGGCUGGGUUGCGUACAACAUCCUCAAGCCUGGUCUCAACCAGAUCGAGGACAUGCAGAAGAAGAACGCGAAGAGAAAGUAAGUGCAAGUAAUAUUUGCGCUUAGCCUAGUCUUCCAACGAAAAAACGAAAAAAACAUUAGCAACUGCCAGGUGCAGGCAGAUGAAUAGCCGGGUAUUGUAAGAGAAAAUAGAAGAGCUCUUCUCUC